UUUCCGAGUUUGCCGGUUCGCUGCCAGGCCAACCUGCCACCGCCGACCGUAGCAGCAUGGUCGACACCCGCGGACGCAUCCGAACAUGCCAGGCCAACGUCGUGAGCGCGCGCAGCCGGCUGCACUCGCCGCUCUUCCGCAACACGCGCUGCAGCACGUCGGCAACCUCGAGCACCGUCGACGAGACCGACGACGACCCGCUCGUGCGCGAGACGCCGCUGUACCGCCACAAGCAAGUGUUUUUCGGUGCCGACUUUGACGCCAAGGCGGCGCCGCCACAGCGCAGCCCGGCCUCGACGCGGUCGUCUCUGUUGGACGACAAGCCGCAUAGCCUUGCCCGCUCGCACACCGGCUCGAGCCUGCGGUUAACAUUGGACGACGAUGCGCUCGCCGAGUGUCGCUCGGACACGACGCUGAGUGGCCUCGACACGACGUGGGAGACGCCGCCUUUGACGGCCGAGAACAUUGGCAAGGUGCUGCGCGACCACUCGUACCCGCGCGCGCUCGCCGUCAGCAGCGAGAUUUCCGACUCGCUCUCGCGCAUGAAGAUGCGCAAGCACGAGAUGGAGAUGGCGGCGGUCGUCCAGAAGGUCCAAGCGCAGCUCAAGACGAUGGAGGACGUCAUCAAGGAGCUCCAGAACGAGCACACGAUCAAAAACGAAAUGCUGAAAAAGCAAAUUGCCGAAUCGCAGCGCGUUGCCGCCGAGCGCGACCAGCUCAAGCACGCGCUGUCGACCGUCUCGGUGUCCAACAACCCGCGUCACGACACGAAUGACGACGUGUCGAUGCUCCAGAGCUCGCUGCAGGCGUUUAUGAACCAGACGGAGCACACGCAGUACCUCCUUGUCGAGCAGCUCAAGACGAUGGCGGCGCCCAAAGGCUCGCCGCGCCGAGGGUCGAUCGACGCGCACAAGAUCGAAGCCUCGGUCAAGGCCGCGAUGAGCGAUGUCGCCCAGCUCCAGCGGACGAUGCUGACGACGCUCGAGACCUCGCGUCAAAGUCCUGCGCCCGCGACGGCCUCGACGCCUACCAAAGCUCGGGCGCUGCCACCGCCGCCACCGACGUCGUCGGGGCUCUGGAAGGCGGCCGUGAUGGCCAUGGCUGCUAUCUGGCUUGCGACCCUCGGUGUCGGGACCGGCUACGUGACUGUCAACCUUGACGCCGUAGCGCGCUUUGUGUCGCUUGGCCACGGUGAAGCGCUGCAGCCUGUCGUCUCAGUCUCAUCGACGCUACAUGAGAGCGUGCCUACGACGGCGAACGCCAUCGAUGCACCAUUGUCGUUCGCCUCGAAGGACGACACCGCCGUAAUCACGGUGCUCGUGGACGUUGACGGUGACGUAGCUCCGCAAGGCGACGCCGUUGAUGUCAGUACCAGCUCGACGGUCGCUGACCCGGUUGAAGCUGCCACCGACGUCUCGAGUCGUGUGACGGCGCUCGAUGACAAGGACGGCGUCGACAAUGCCGUGGAGCGUGUGACGUUUGUCGCAAAUGAGAUCGCGGAUGACGCGAUGACGGUGGACGUUGUCAUGGCUGUGACGCCCGAGCACGUCGAGACGGAGCUUUUGGUCAAGGCCCAAGAUCAUGACGCGAGCACGGACCAAAGCAACGACGGUGUCAGUAUCAUUGACGAGGACGGUGUCGACGCACCCGAGGUUGCUGUCGCGCCGUUGUCGGAUGCCAUCGACGGGACGAUCGAGGUCGAGCAGGCGUCGCUGGUCGUCGAGGCGGACGAAGGCCACCUCGAGGGUGCAGCGGUUGCUCUUGUCGACACCGUUGACGAGCUCAACGCAGUGGUAACCACACAGUACGAGUCGAAUGCCAUCGCUGCCGAAGACGCUCAAGAUGAAGUCGCCGCCGCUGUCGAUAUGUGGUCGGACGCCAUUGCUGUCGUUGACGAAGCACGCGACGCUGGUGCUAGCUCCUCGAACGACUCGAGCGUCAACGCGCGUGCUCUGGUCGUUGUUGUGAAGGAUGCCGACGAUCACCUGGCCGACGACAUGGGCGAAGCUGUCGACGUUGUCGAUGACGGCAUCGAGACGCCAAGCGACGUCACAGACACGGACAUGACGGUGGCAACGACCGCGUUUCAUGACGCUACUGACAAUGAAGCUGACGUUGAGACGCUCUUGUCGCGUGUCGCACCGACCCCUAGCCCGCAAGAUUCGAUUGCAGAAUCUUCGCCGUCGGCGGCUCUGAGCUCGACCGCGUUGCAGUCGCUGCUCUCGCUUCAUUAACUGCUUAAUUUAAUCACUUUGUGUCAACAGUCAA